AUGGUAGGAAACAACCAUAACGAUUACAUAGCACUGGCUACAUCGCCUUCAGGAGCAGGUGAAGAGGGUGUGGAUGAACAGAAGGAACGUAUACUGCGUAGGUCACAUAACAAACUACCAUUCCCUUUGAACCACCUUCCCAACUCAAUACGAUCCAGACAUCGUCUCCUCUUCUUACUUCUACCUAUCCCACUCAUCGUUAUUCUCCUAUCUCUCGGUCGACACUUCUUCGGCACCACCUCAUCUUCUUCCUCCGGUGGGUUAGAUUUACAAAUCGGUGAAAAUCCGUAUUUCUAUACUGGUGACGUAUGGAAAUACAACGACGAAGUCAUCGCUAGACUAUCCCACUGUCGGGAGUUAGGCAUACUUCGAAAUACUUCUUUACCAUUCACAGAAAAUGAGAAAUUAUCGCAAGAAGAAGAAGAUGAAUUGAUACUUCAAGGAUGCGGUACCAACCAAACUACUGUUCUCAUCUUAAGUUCCCUUUGGUUCGCAGAAGCGUUCGCGGGAACGAGUACAGCCGGAGAGACGAUCUACGCUCAAAGUGUUAUUUCAACGUUGAACGCGUAUAAUUACUCAUACGUGUUUACAAGUUUGGGAUGGUAUAAUGCCGAUAUGCGCAAAACUGUAGAACUUUGGAAUACCCUCAAAGAUAAUGUUAGGAUGGUUCUGGCGGAUCCGGAUCAAGUCAAUGUUUGUUAUACCCACUCUGACCAGAAGUGUUUGAAAACGAAGGAGAAUAUUGAAGGGAUACCGGCUUGGAAAAUCAUGAGUUUCUGGUAUUGGGAUGACCCUGCAAACCCCCUAGGAACCCAAUUCACUCUCUCCCCUUCCCCACGGAAUGACAACUAUUUCCUCUCUUACUCUAUCGAACCUACUUGUCGACGACUCCCUUCCCUGCCUACAUCGCACCGACAUGAUCCACCACAGGCAUACCUAUUAGCUAAACAGAUGCAUUACCUCGAAAACUCAACUGCAUUCUCAUGGACGUUAGAAACGCUCGUAGGAUUACAGGAUACGUAUGGCAUCGCAGUGGUAGGAGGAAUGACGGAUGAUGAUGAAAUCACGUCGAAGAGGGUAAAAGAGCUGGGUAUAAAGAAUAUGGGUAAAUUACCUAAACUCGAUUUUUACAAGGAGUUAAGCAAGUCAUUCGUUUUUGUCGGUGUGGGUAGACCGAGGAUUAGUCCUAGUCCUUGGGAUGCACUUUGCAUGGGAGUACCGUUUAUCAAUCCGAUUUUAACUUGGGAUGAAGAAGAUCCACAGAAUAGAACGAAAUGGCAUGCUCAACAAUGGCAUAUGACGGAUCUUGAGCCUCCUUAUGUCUAUUCGGUCCACGCCCAUGAUCUUUCCGGAUUGAGCGAAGCGGUCGGUCUAGCACUACAGAACCCUAUAGAAAGUUAUAUACCGGAUUACAUGCGAUUCGAUUUCGCCUGUCAUCGUACGGCGGAUCUGGUAGAGUCCGAUUGGAGGAGCAGAGCGGAGAAGACAUUGCAGGAGAGGGUGGAGAGUGGAGAAGGUCAGGUGAGUUGUGUCUUUUCGAAAUUGAUAGGAUGA